CUCUCUCUCUGUCUCUUUCUAUAAAUAUCAGCGCUUUAAGACAUGUUCUUUUUUCUCCUCUUCCUCUCAUAUCUUCCUCGUCUCUUCGCCGACCGUCCACCGGCGAAAUCGCUCUUUGGUUCCUGCUGGGAACCCUCUCUCCUCGCCAUUUUUGUCCCCUGCAAAGUAUCCUUAAAGCUGGGCAUCUUCUCAUCGGUGAUAGAACCAAAGUAGUUGGUGCAAUUUUCAAGAAUAGAAAGAGAUAAACAUAUGGAUGGGACUAAAGAAAUGGGGCUUAAGAAUGUGAGUUCAACAUGCUCAAUCUCUGAAAUGGACGAUUUUGAUCUCUCUCGUCUUUUGGACAAGCCAAGGCUGAACAUUGAGAGGAAGAGAUCAUUUGAUGAGAGGUCACUCAGUGAGCUCUCAAUUGGGCUUACUAGAGGAGGUCUUGAUAACUAUGAGACCACAUAUUCCCCUGGUGGAAGGUCAGGAUUCGACACACCAGCCUCAUCGACUCGCAACUCUUUUGAGCCACACCCAAUGGUGGCUGAUGCCUGGGAGGCCCUACGGCGAUCUAUAGUGUACUUCAGGGGUCAACCAGUUGGCACAAUAGCUGCAAUUGACCAUGCCUCUGAGGAGAUUUUGAAUUAUGAUCAGGUUUUUGUUCGAGAUUUUGUACCCAGUGCCCUGGCUUUUCUGAUGAAUGGUGAGCCUGAGAUAGUUAAGAACUUCCUCAUGAAGACACUAUAUCUUCAAGGAUGGGAAAAGAGAAUAGACAGAUUCAAGCUCGGGGAAGGUGCAAUGCCAGCUAGCUUUAAAGUUCUUCAUGAUCCUAUUCGGAAAACAGAUACUCUAAUCGCAGAUUUUGGUGAGAGUGCAAUUGGAAGAGUGGCUCCUGUUGACUCUGGUUUCUGGUGGAUCAUUCUGCUGCGCGCAUAUACCAAGUCUACUGGAGAUUUGUCUUUAGCAGAGACUCCAGAGUGUCAAAAGGGGAUGAAGCUUAUAUUGACUUUGUGCUUGUCGGAGGGGUUUGAUACUUUCCCUACCCUUCUUUGUGCUGAUGGAUGCUCUAUGAUUGAUCGCAGAAUGGGCAUUUACGGUUAUCCUAUCGAAAUUCAAGCACUUUUCUUUAUGGCAUUAAGGUGUGCCUUGUCAAUGUUGAAACACGAUACAGAAGGAAAAGAAUUUAUUGAGAGAAUUUCGAAACGUUUGCAUGCGUUGAGCUAUCACAUGCGAAGUUACUUUUGGUUAGACUUUCAACAACUAAAUGAUAUAUACAGAUACAAAACUGAGGAGUACUCACACACUGCAGUAAAUAAGUUCAAUGUUAUUCCUGAUUCAAUCCCAGAUUGGGUAUUUGACUUUAUGCCUACUCGUGGUGGCUAUUUUAUCGGCAAUGUUAGUCCUGCAAGGAUGGAUUUUCGAUGGUUUGCUUUAGGUAAUUGUGUUGCCAUUCUCUCUUCUCUUGCAACUCCGGAGCAAUCAAUGGCUAUCAUGGAUCUUAUAGAAUCUCGCUGGGAGGAGCUGGUUGGAGAAAUGCCUUUGAAAAUAGCUUAUCCUGCAAUAGAAAGCCAUGAUUGGCGAAUUGUAACCGGUUGUGAUCCUAAGAACACCAGAUGGAGUUACCAUAAUGGAGGAUCUUGGCCAGUGCUUUUAUGGAUGCUAACGGCUGCGUGCAUCAAAACGGGACGACCACAAAUCGCAAGACGAGCGAUUGAUCUUGCAGAAACCCGUCUGCUGAAAGAUAGCUGGCCUGAAUAUUAUGAUGGAAAACUCGGGAAAUUUAUAGGUAAACAGGCGAGGAAAUACCAGACAUGGUCGAUUGCUGGGUACUUAGUGGCAAAGAUGAUGCUGGAGGAUCCUUCACAUUUGGGAAUGGUUUCCUUGGAAGAAGACAAACAGAUGAAGCCUGUGAUGAAGAGAUCAUCUUCUUGGACUUGCUGAUGAAGAUAGGCAAAUAAAUUAAGCAAAUUAGAAGAAAAAAAUAGUAGAAAAAGAAAGAAGAAGGUGAGAAAUGCUGGAUUUGGUUAAAGCAGUAUUCUUUGCACAUUUGAAAUUGUAGGUCUGAUCGGAAGUUUUAGUUUUGUAUAAUAGCUUCUUCUAAGAACUCCACUCUUGCUUUUCAAAUAAGGGAAAACAUUAUAUUAGCUUUUGACAGCAAAAAUAACAAUAUUUAUCUUAUUUUUAUCUUCU